AUGGCAGCAGCUACGACAAGUAUCAACACUAUCGAUCCUCGUGACGUAGGUACACCUGACGACUGGAUUCCACGUCACCCCGAAAUGGUACGUCUCACUGGAAAGCAUCCAUUCAACGCUGAAUCUCCUCUAUCUCUUUUAAUGGAUCAAGGCUUCAUAACCCCUGUUCCUUUACACUAUGUAAGGAAUCAUGGUCCUGUACCUAAGCUCCAUUGGGAUACUCAUCGUUUAGUUGUUGAUGG